GUGGGGCGUGCUGCUGCUGCUCGCCUUCGCCGCUUUCGGCCUGCCGCUGCUGGCCGGCGAGUACCUGCUGAACUCCAUCCUGGUGCCCUUCCUGGUCUUCUCGCUGGCGGCCAUCGGGCUCAACAUCCUCACCGGCUACUGCGGCCAGCUCUCGCUGGGCACCGGCGGCUUCAUGGCCUGCGGCGCCUUCUUCGCCUACAAGCUGACCACCGCCUUUCCCGAGAUCCACAUCGUCGCGAUCUUCCUGCUGGCCGGCCUGGGCACCGCCUUCGUCGGCAUCCUCUUCGGCAUCCCCUCGCUGCGCAUCAAGGGCUUCUACCUGGCGGUCGCCACCCUGGCCGCCCAGUUCUUCCUGAUCUGGGUGUUCAACAAGUUCGGCUGGUGGACCAACUACAGCCCCUCCGGCGUCAUCUCGGCGCCGCCGCGCGAGGUGGUGCCCGGCGUGGUGGUCACCGGCACCUCGGGCACGCCGGCGGCCAAGUACCUCUUCCUGCUGGGCUUCGUGGCGGUGCUGGCGCUGGUCGCCAAGAACCUGGUGCGCAGCCGCAUCGGCCGCACCUGGAUGGCGAUCCGCGACAUGGACAUCGCCGCCGAGAUCAUCGGCAUCCGGCCGAUGUACGCCAAGCUCUCGGCCUUCGCCGUCAGCUCCUUCUUCAUCGGCAUCGCCGGCGCGCUCUGGGCCUUCUGCUACACCGGCUCGGUCGAGGCCCUGGCCUUCGAGAUCAACCGCUCCUUCCAGGCUGUGGACCCUCGCCAAGGAGAAGCUGAGGCUCUGGCCAUUCCCCUACUGACGGCCGCGGUCGGCGGCGGGGCGGCUCGGCCGCGCCGCGGGCCGCCGGCCUUCACCCGGUCGCCGGGGCGUCGCGACGGCGCUGAGGCGGCCCAAGACCAAGGACCGAACCCAGAUUCUAGGGAGGCUUUCGAGAUGCGGUUCAAAUCCCUUUGCCUGGCCGCGGCGGGCGCCGCGCUCCUGGCCACGGCGGCGACCGCUCCGGCGCCGGCCGCGGCGCAGGAGCAGUACAUUCCCCUGCUGGUCUACAAGUCCGGCCCCUAUGCCCCCAACGGCAUUCCCAUCGCCGCGGGUUGGGAGGACUACCUCAAGCUGAUCAACGCGCGCGACGGCGGCGUCGGCGGCGUGAAGCUGGUCUGGGAGGAGUGCGACACCGGCUACAACAACGACCGCGGCGUCGAGUGCUACGAGCGGCUGAAGAAGCCGACCGCGGCCGGCGUGCAGCCGCUGUCCACGGGCAUCACCUACGCCCUGAUCGACCGCGCCACCCAGGACAAGAUCCCGCUGUUCAGCUCCGGCUACGGGCGCACCUCGGCGUCCUACGGCCCGGUCUUCCCCUACGUCUUCAUGCCGCCGCUGACCUACUGGUCGGGCGCCGAUGUCAUCGUGCAGUACAUCAGCGAGCAGGAGGGCGGCGACCUCAGCGACAAGAAGGUGGCGCUGGUCUACCACGACAGCGCCUACGGCAAGGAGCCGAUCGCCACGCUGGAGCGCCUGGCCGAGGAGGAGGGCUUCGAGCUCUCGCUCUUCCCGGUCGCCCAUCCGGGGCUGGAGCAGAAGGCCACCUGGCUGCAGAUCGGCCGCCAG